CAAUGUCCGACGAAACCUCCACCACAGCCACCGCUCCCUCCGCCGUCACCACGGCUGCCGGCGACCAAGAUACCGACUCCUCCACCACCCUAAACAAACCACACAUCCGAUGGUCCGAUUCCUACACAAAAGCUCACGACGCAAUCCAAUCAUUAUCUUCCAUUCUCCCUUCCGUCCCUCCUUCACUUUCUUACUCCGAAACUCCGGCAGCCUGCCUCCUCCGUGACACCGAAACCGCCGCACAAAUCUCUAAACUCCUCCGUCAACCCGAUUCCGGCGCCGGCGACGACAAUCUCUGCCGAUGGCUUUACGAUACAUUCCAAUCCAACGAACCCGAACUCCACCUCGUCGUCCUCCGAUUCCUACCCGUAAUCGCCGGUGUUUAUCUCUCUAAAGUCAAUCUCCAUAAACCAUUAGCCGGAUUCGAAGCUGUUUUACUAGCAUUAUACGCACACGAAACCUCCAGUCGAAACUCCCAAUCCAUUACCGUCAACAUCCCAGAUCUAUCACAUUCCAGUAUUUACCACGAAACAAACAAAGCAGCUAAAAACUCCGCAACAGAACUCAAUCUCGCCGUAAUUUCCCCAACCUUAGAACCAUACGGAACCGUCAGAUCAAUGAAACGAGGUCGUAUCGUUGGGGUAGCAUUGGAGUUAUAUUACGCUAAAAUCCCCCAAAUUCCAGUUGAAUCGAAACUAGAAUUCUGCGAAUUUUGCAGAAUUUGGUCGUCGGGGCAAUUGGGGGAAGAUAAUGGUGAUUUGAAAAGGAGGAUCCAUCUGCCAUGGGAGCUGUUGCAGCCAAUUUUGAGGAUUUUAGGGCAUUGUUUAAUGGGGCAUAAAAAAGAUGAGAAAUUGUAUGAAAGUGCAAUUAGUGCAAUUGGGUGUUUGUAUGAAAGAGCUUUACAUGAUUUGAAUACGAAAGCCAUGUUAGCUACUGGUAGUCUUCUUCAGCUAGUGAAAUUGGCGACGGAAUGUGAAGAUGUUGAUUAUACAGAGAUUACAGAGACGAAUACUAUUACGCUUUGAAUGGUGUAUUUUGUUCAUAUUUUGCAUGCAGCCAAUGUGUGUGUACGUGUUUUUUUU